UAAAGUUAAUAUCUUAGAGGCUUCGACAAAUUCGCGGUUAUAAAAUGGAGUGGAUUUCUCUUGCUCGCGUCAGUCUGUAGUCAAGUUUACUCACAGCACAUAAUUGCCACCAUGAAGUUUGCUUUGGUUUGCAUUGUCGUUUUGGCUACCAUAAUGGUUGCCUCUGCGGCUUUAACCUGUUUUGGUGACGAGGAAAAGUGCGGUCCUGAAGAGUGCUGUGCACAGAUCUUAAGAACGAACAUUUAUAAAUGCAAACCACGUCUGGGUGAAGACGAGAUUUGCGAAAUGAAACCAAUUACACACAUCCUGAAGAAGCAUGCAUACGUCAAUAGAUGUCCAUGUUCAGAAGGAUUAAAAUGCUCUUCCAGUAAAGGAGGAGUAAUUGGAAAAUUCCUCGGAAAAUGCCACCCAUCCAGUGAUGAAACUGAACAACCAGAAGGAGAAGAAUAGCAUGUAUACUGAAUAAAAACUGUGCUUUCAGUUAU